AUGCUUUUUUAUUCGAUUCAAGAUACGAUCAAAAUUCCGUAUCCAAUUGCUCAUUUCGGUCCGGCGCCUUUAAAUGUACGCCUAUUAAGCUAUCGCCUGCGACCAGGAAUGGAAUGGGCUCAGCCAACCUUCUUUAGCAGCAUAUUCCAAUCCGCUCGGAGGGCAGGCCGUAUCAGUGACACCAACUUGACCGCGGAUGCGCAGAGUUCGAUCUUACGAAAAUCCAGCGAUUCCGCAUUCGAAUUGGGUUGGAAACUGUCCAACUCAGGGCUUGCAAACAACUCACCUCCGGAUCCAUCUUCCUAUACAGCACCACAAGUUGCCAAGGACAGUACGGUGAAAGAUCUCUCACCUUACUUGUUGUUUCACAUUCACGGUGGUGGAUUUGUGGCUUUGAAUUCUCAAGCGCAGGAUAUUUUCCUGCGCACAUGGGCUGAAUUUCUAGAUUGUCCCAUAUUUUCUGUGAACUAUUCCCUUGCUCCACAAGCUCCCUAUCCCAGAGCCCUGGAAGAAUGCUUCUUUGCCUAUUGUUGGGCUGCCCUGAAUCGUGAGAAAUUAGGUUGUGCACCAGACGCACGUAUUGUUCUUUGUGGCGAUUCCGCUGGUGGUAAUUUGGUUCUCGGUCUGUGCAUGCGUAUCAUCAGCGCGAGAAUUUCGCCUCGCCCCGCAGGCGCGCUUGUUGCUUACGCGCCGACCUUGAUCUCGUUCUGCCCCACCCCGGCACGAAUGCUCUCGCUGGCCGACCCUUUACUGCCAAUCGGGAUUUUAUCAAAAUGUCUUAUGGCUUAUGCUGGUGUUGAUGAAAAUCGGUUCAGUUCUACGAACUCAAAGACCAGUAUUGGUAGUGGCAGACUAUCCCCACAGAAUCAACGACGGCGACACAGUGUGCUGUCUGGCACUUUGUGGAAUCGUUUUGUUCCCGCAUCCUGGCAGGUAACGGACGUAAACGAAAUGGUUUCUGCUAACCAAAAUGAAGCUUUGAGCAGCCCGUCAUUGUUCACUGCUCGUCGUGAUUCGGUUUCUGUACCAACGGGACUCUCCGAAUUGAAAUACUCUUCACAGAAUAGCGUGCAUAAAUCCCUGCGUCGUGCCUCUUCCAGUGCUUUCAGUUUCACUCAGGCUGAUCUCAACGUGGAUGUUGUCUUGAUUCUGAAUUUCGCCGGUUCGCAUUAA